CAGGGACGGACUGACCAUUUGGAAACUCGGGCACUGUCCGAGGGCCGGGGUCAGUAGUGGGCCCCAUGAGAUGCCCCUGGUACCUUUUUCAUAGGCUUUUUUGAGUUUGGGCAAGGACACAGGGGCCCCAUGAUCCCCUAUUGCCCAAGGGCCCCAUGAGUUGUCAGUCAGCCCCUGCCUCUAUUAUAUUGAGGAAAUCCACUUUUUCAUUACUGACUCUGUAUCCAUGCAAUAUGGACAUAUCUAAUGCAAUUUUAUAUUUCACCACC